UCAUACACUCAUCCUCCUUCUCACUUCUCAUACGAUACCUUCACAUCUCAUGCCCUCGAUGAAGGACCUCAUUCAACUCUCGAGACACGACGACCACGACAAUCCAUUCUUGCAAAAACAAGCGACACCGGGACCUUCGAGACAACGACCACAACAACAAACACAUCAACAACGACAAUACACGCAACAAACUUUCGGACACGACACGUCCCACGGCAACGACCGAAACAGGAUGAACAUGAUGAACAACAAUAACGAGGCGGACAUAUCUUUCCCCAUGCCUUCGCCCAUCCCCGCUUCGAAAUACGCUGAACAACGACGUCAGGUCGAAUCUGAUCUCGACCGGGACCUCGGUCUGGGCGGGUUGACGGACGACGACGAAUUCGACAGCAAUCACACUUUCAGCCGACUGGGAGGGUUCGGAAAGGAUACGGUCGCCAACACUCGGUCGUUGAUCCAGUCCAGGUCGAUGUUGGAUAGGCAGAUGGGGUUCGAUACGGAUAGCGAGGGAGACGACGGGAUGAACAUUUCGAGAGGGACGGAGCAGUCUAGCUUUGAUGCGCAUGCGAGACGGUCCGGCCUGAAACUUCAACAGCCUCACCAUAAUCUCGACCUCGAGAGGAGAGACCAACUUCCGACCAGUGCAACCGAAUCCUCCUCUUCCCUCUCGACCGCUUCCAUCGAAUUCGCACGUACCGCACCCGCUCAACAACAUCAGAACCACGGGUUUUCCCACAACAUGGACCUGAAUGAUUUCGAAAAGAGUCUCUUCGUCGGGGGUUCGCCCGUCUCUACCCUCGGACAUCACGCUUCUGCGGUGACUUUCGGCGCUGGGAUCUUUGCGAAUAACAACAACAAGGGUGGGUAUGCUGGAUACGAUGAUGCGGAGGGAGAAGGGGCUGGAGAGUAUGACCCGGAGAGGGGGAUCGAGGGCUUGAUUGCCGCUGCCAAGAUUGUCCCGCCAUCAGAUAAGGGGGAGAAGAACGUGUUCCAGCACGACAGCUACCAAAACCCACCUACGCAAAGGUCCAUCUUUGGUCCGACCAUCCCGAACCCUUCUCAGCGACAUCUCCACCGACCAGUUCAACCUUCUCCGUUGAGGGUACAAGCCAACUCUCCCUUGAACACCUUGUCGACUACUACGUUUGGAUCUCGGUCGGGUUCGGGUUCCCAAAAACAACAGGAUGUGAGGAGGGCUUCUAGCGGAGGUGCUCUCCCCGAACAGGCCGAGGCGAAAAAGAACAACAAUCAGAGCCAGGGUGGCCGGAGGAUCUCGGAGGGAAGGAAGGUAAUGAGCCCCAUUGACGGGUUCGACAACGCCCGUCCCGCAUCUAGCCAACGUCGGGUGUCAGACAAAAAGGGCGAGAGUAACACUCCCACUGCUAGCGCUACCACAUCGCGAAAGACCCAUCACCUGGAUCUUAUGGAAGGGGCCAACCCGAAAGUCCGGAUCGUAUCUGCCUCGAGCACUCAGCUGGACCAUCGCCAGAGGCCCGAGAGGAGCUUGUCGGCUUCCAAUAGCAGGUCAUUCGUCGGCAAUGGAACGGGAAUGGGGGAUCUGACGGGGUUGACGGGGAUGUUGGCUACACCUGCCAAGGGUCUCUUGCAUCGACGGGUGGGCGAUGAUGGGGAACGUCGGCAGUCUGGAGCCAAUAUCGACGGAGCGCUGCGCAAGAUGGAGUCCGAUAUGCAGGUCAUGAGGAAGGAGACCGAACAGUCACGAUUGAGAAUCAGGGAUCUGGAGCUCGAGCUGGAGCAAGCUAGAAUCGCGGCGUCAAGGGCUGAACGAGAGGCGGAAAGGUAUAAGGGUGAAAAGGUGGAAUUGCAAGAUGCCGUGGACAGGUUGAAGGAUGAAAAGACGGCCCUCGAGUCUCUGGUAGAAGCGCUGAAGGACGACGUCUUCCGUCUCGAAGCCAACUUGGACAAGGAGAUGGGCCGAGUCCACAUGAUCCAGCAAGAAGUACAAAAACGUACUCCCGCUCGACCAUUGCGAAACAAGGCCAACGAGGUGCCAUCGCAAGCGAUCGAAUUGGGCGAUCUCUUGCCACUGGUCAACCAUCUGACGCGUAAAGUUGACGGGCUCGAGACAGAGGUGGCUAGGCUCAAGGACGUUGUCGAAGGUGCUUAUGAGAGGACUGUGGGUGAGAUCAACUUGCCCUUGAAGACCAAGCAGUCGAUUGGCCAGGAAGAUCAGCGUCCGCCUAGCCGAGCUCAUACCGACCCCGGUCGCAAGUCGCAAUACGCUGAAGGCGUACAGACUGCCGCCUAUUAUGACAUCCGCUCGGACAUUUCGGACGCUCCUCAGACUGCGCCGAUCAGAUCCAAGGACGAAGCCAAGUCUCGCAAGACGAUGAUGAUGACUGAAGCCGCUCAGGACGACGGUGACUCAUCGCCCACCCCUCGAUCUCGCGUUUAUAGCGAUUCUCGUUCGUUGUCUGCGCAGCGCAACCGAGACGGCGAGGAUGAGGAUGCAGAGGGACAUCGACCGGGUCGAAAGAGCGUGCACGACUCCAGGUCAGACGAGCCACAGGAAGACCCGGCGUCCUCACCCUUCCCGGCCAUUCGGGGCAACAAGCUCGAACGAGAGUUCUUUUCUCCCGCACCAAAAGCAGCGAGAGAUCAGACCAAGCCCAGGCAGACAAAGGACUUGGCCGCCCGAGUUGAGGACGCAGAGGACGUCGAUGAAGGAUACGGUGGCGAGGAAAUCAUUCAUACGGCUGUUAUAAGCAAAACCGCUGUUCGGCCUAACAAGGACUCGGCCAAACGAGUCGCUCAGGAGAUUGAGCACGAGCUUGACGGCGGCAAGGUCCCACCGCAGACCAAUGUAAUGAAAGUCUUGCGCGAGUUGGAAGACGAUUACAAGCACUAUCUGAGCAUCUAUACCGAUCUUGCCGAGCAGUACCGUCGGAUGAGUCCCUUGUCCACCAAGCGCAACGUCUUGGCUGAACACCUCAAAGAGGUCAUCGAUACUAUGGAGCAGAAGGCCAACCAAGUCGCUUGCUUGACCGAAGUCUUGGAAGUCCGCGACAAGCCGUACAUGGCUCCGGUCAUCAAGGCCGCUCGAGCUUCCAAGGCAAGGAUGAGCGUCCCCGAGACUGUCCGAGCGAUUCGCAAGGACCUCGGACCGGGUGCCAUCGCCACUCCUCAGCUCAAAAUUACGCCCAGACGUCGAUCGGGCCGCCACGUUGCCAUGUAGAUUUUAACGACGUCUUGUCUCUCCGUGUUCUCUUACCCAUUAUAAUGCCGUCCGAGUUCUCUCUUGUAAAUAUACCUGUUUGCUCUUGACGAUGAACUGAACCAAUCCCGAUCCCGAUUUCGACAUGAAC